AUGGGUGAGGGCUGGGGGCUGGUGAAGGCUGGGUGCCGUGUCCCUGCAGGUGAGGAUGCCGUCAGCACCCUGGGCCUGAUCCUGGGCGUGGGGCUCUCGCUGCUGCUCAUGUCCAUCCUGGGCUACAGCCUGGCCAAGUGGUACCAGCGCGGGUACUGCUGGGAGGGGCCUAGCUUCGUCUUCAACUUGUACCAGAUCCGGCACCUGAAGGAGCUGGAGAUGGGCCCCCCCUUCACCAUCAGCGGCCGCCUCCGAGGCCCGGACGACGGCCACCUGCACUUCUCCAGCCGGCUCGUCUGACCACAGCCCCGGCUGAGCUCCCGCGUGAGUGGGCGCUGGGGGAGCGCUGAGCGGGUUCGAGGUCCCAGCACGGCUCU